GCCCUCGCCGGCUGGGCUGAAGGGGCGGUGGCCGUCGGGGAGAUCGGCCCCGCGGACCGGGCGCCUGGCUCGGGCAGAUCCCAGCUGCAAGGCAGCCAUGAGUCUGGUGGCCUUUGAAUGCCUGCCUGGCCCAGGUCUGGAGCCUGAGCCCUGUUCAAGAGCACGAUCCCAGGCCUGUGUAUACCUAGAGCAGAUUCGAAACAGGGUGGCUGUGGGAGCACCUGACAUGACCAAGCGUGACUACCUGGUGGAUGCGGCCACGCAGAUCCGGCUGGCCCUGGAGCGUGAUGUUAGUGAGGACUACGAGGCAGCCUUCAACCACUACCAGAACGGUGUGGACGUGCUGCUCCGCGGUGUGCAUGUGGAUCCCAACAAGGAGCGACGUGAGGCAGUAAAACUAAAAGUCACCAAGUACCUGCGGCGGGCUGAGGAGAUCUUCAACUGCCACCUGCAGCGGACACUGGGCAGUGGAGCCAGUCCCAACACGGGAUUCAGCAGCUUGAGGCUCCGGCCCAUCCGCACACUGAGCACUGCCCUGGAGCAGCUGAGGGGCUGCAGGGUGGUUGGGGUCAUCGACAAGGUGCAGCUGGUCCAGGACCCAGCAACUGGAGGGACCUUCGUGGUGAAGAGCCUGCCCAGGUGCCACGUGGUGAACCGGGAGCGGCUGACCAUAAUCCCGCAUGGAGUGCCCUACAUGACAAAGCUGCUACGGUAUUCCGUGAGUGAGGACUCCAUCUUCUUGCACUUGGAACAUGUGCAAGGAGGCACUCUCUGGUCCCACCUGCUCUCCCAGACGUGCCCCCAACAUUCUGRGCUCAGGUCUGGCUCCACCCAGGAGAAGGUGAAGGCCCAGCUCAACACCAGCCUCAGUCUCCUGACCCCAGCACAGCUCCCCCCAGGCCACACCCUCAGGCAGGCCAGCAUCCCUCCGGAACCUCCUUGGACUUCUCAGAGCCUUCCCGCUGCCAAGGAGGCCCCCUCCCUCAGACCCCAGAGAGAAGCGGAAAGUGAAUCCACAGGCAAGACCAGCACUUCCUGCUCCUUGGACCUAACAAAAGCCCCCAGUGGCUUGAACCUGCAAGCCAGGCGGGCUGGCCAGAGGUCAGACCCUCGGCCCCCUUGGGGGAUCCCUUGGGUUCGCAAGGGGGCUGGCCGGGUGCUGGGGGCCUGUGGCCUAGGCAGAGGUCAGAGCCACCCAUCAGAGGGCAGGGCCAGCCUAGGAGGCAGUGGGGCUGUCUGGAGCGUGAAGGAGGAGAAGGUGAAGCAGUGGGCAGCUGAGAUGUUGGUGGCACUGGAAGCACUACACGAGCAGGGGGUGCUGUGCCAGGACCUCAACCCCAGGAACCUGCUCCUGGACCAGGCAGGUCACAUCCGGCUCACAUAUUUUGGCCAGUGGUCAGAAGUGGAGCCCCAGUGCUGCCGGGAGGCUGCGGAGCUCCUGUACAGUGCCCCAGAGGUGGGUGGGAUUUCUGAGCUGACCGAAGCCUGUGACUGGUGGAGCUUUGGGUCGCUGCUGUAUGAACUGCUGACGGGAAAGGCACUGUCACAGAGCCACCCCUCAGGAUUCCAGGCUCAUACCCAGCUCCAUCUGCCUGAGUGGCUCAGUCCCUCAGCAGCCUCCCUGCUGACUGAGCUGCUACAGUUCGAUCCCACACGGCGCCUGGGUGCUGCAGGAGGUGGAAUCAGCAAACUCAAGUCCCACCCUUUUUUCAGUACUAUCCAGUGGAGUAGACUGGUGGGGUAAUGGGGUGAAGUGGGUGGU